CCGCGCGCAGUGGGUCCCAGACCCCAGCGGGCGUGGCGCGCGGGCGUGUGCGGGACCCGGGACGCAGGCGGGCGGCCCAGGGGCGCGGCGCGCUCGGGUCUAUUCCGGGAGCGGCUUGGAGGGGCGGGGGCGCAUCCUGCCGGGCGGGGGGAGGGGACGCGGAGUGUGCUCUCGGGGACCCGGCUGCUGCUGUGCGCGCCCGCCCGCCCGCCCGCCGGAGCCCAGCGCGCUGCGCCCUGCGCCCUGCUGUGCGCGCCCCGGGGCUCGCUGGCGCCAUGGACCGAGGCCGCGUGCUGGAGCAGCUACUUCCCGAGCUCACAGGGUUGCUCAGCCUCCUGGACCAUGAAUACCUCAGCGACACCACCCUGCAGAAGAAGAUGGCCGUGGCCUCCAUCCUGCAAAACCUGCAACCCCUCCCAGCAAAAGAAGUCUCCUACUUGUACGUGAACACCUCAGACCUCCACUCAGGGCCCAGCUUCGUGGAGUCACUCUUUGAAGAAUUUGACUGUGACCUGAGUGACCUCCGGGACCUGCCAGAGGACGAGAGUGAGCCCAGCAAAGGAGCCAGCCCUGAGCCAGCCAAAAGCCCAGCCCUGAGAAAUGCCACUGACCUGCCUCCACCGCUCCCCAACAGGCCUCCACCAGAAGACUACUACGAGGAAGCACUGCCACUAGGGCCAGGCAAGGCUCCCGAGUACAUCAGCUCCCACAAUGGCAGCAGCCCAGCCCACUCCAUCAUGGACGCCUACUACGAGGACGCAGACAGCAGCUACCCAGCCACGAGGAUGAAUGGGGAGCUGAAAAGCUCUUACAAUGACUCUGAUGCCAUGAGCAGCUCCUACGAGUCCUAUGAUGACGAUGAGGAGGAAGGGAAGGGGCCGCAGCCCACACACCAGUGGCCAUCAGAGGAGGCCUCUAUGCACCUGGUGAGAGACUGCAGGAUAUGCGCCUUCCUGCUGCGGAAGAAGCGUUUCGGGCAAUGGGCCAAGCAGCUGACGGUCAUCAAGGAGGACCAGCUCCUGUGUUACAAAAGCUCCAAGGACCGGCAGCCACACUUGAGGCUGGCACUGGACUCCUGCAAUGUCAUCUACAUCCCUAAGGAUGGUCGGCACAAGAGGCAUGAGCUGCGCUUCUCCCAGGGGCCCACUGAGGUCCUGGUGCUGGCCCUGCAGAGCCGGGAACAGGCCGAGGAGUGGCUGAAGGUCAUCCGGGAGAUGAGCAAGACCACAGGGGGUGCUGAGGGGAUGGACACACCCAGGUCCCCCAUCCUAUUGUGCAAGCUGGACUUGGACAAGAGACUGUCCCAAGAGAAGCAGGCCUCAGAUUCUGACAGCCUGGGCAUGGGUGACAACUGUUCCACUCUUGGCCGCCGGGAAGCCUGUGAACAUGGUAAAGGGAAGAAGAGCAGCCUGGCAGAGCUGAAGGGCUCCAUGAGCAGGGCAGCAGGCCGCAAGAUCACCCGCAUCAUCAGCUUCUCCAAGAAGAAAGCUCUGGCUGAUGAGCUGCAAACAUCCUCUGCUGAGGAAGAGGUUCCAUGCUGUGGCUACCUAAAUGUGCUGGUGAACCAUAGCUGGAAGGAGCGCUGGUGCCGCCUGAAGUGCAACACUCUGUAUUUCCACAAGGACCGCACGGACCUGAGGACCCACAUCAAUGCCAUCGCCCUCCAGGGCUGUGAGGUGGCCCCAGGCUUUGGCCCCAGACACCCAUUUGCCUUCAGGAUCCUGCGCAACCGGCAGGAGGUGGCCAUCUUGGAGGCGAGCUGCUCAGAGGACAUGGGCCGCUGGCUGGGGCUGCUGCUGGUGGAGAUGGGCUCCAGAGUCACCCCUGAGGCGCUGCACUAUGACUACGUGGAUGUGGAGACCUUGACCAGCAUCGUCAGCGCGGGCCGCAACUCCUUCCUAUAUGCAAGAUCUUGCCAGGAUCAGUGGCCUGAGCCCCGUGUCUAUGAUGAUGUUCCUUAUGAGAAGAUGCAGGACGAGGAGCCAGAGCGGCCCACGGGGGCCCAGGUGAAGCGUCAUGCCUCCUCCUGCAGUGAGAAGUCCCAUCGAAUGGACCCACAGGUCAAAGUCAAGCGCCAUGCCUCCAGUGCCAAUCAAUACAAGUAUGGUAAGAACCGAGCUGAGGAGGAUGCCCGGAGGUACCUGGUAGAGAAAGAAAAGCUGGAAAAGGAGAAAGAAACCAUUCGGUCCGAGCUGAUGGCACUGCGGCAGGAGAAGAGGGAGCUGAAGGAAGCCAUUCGGAGCAAUGCAGGAACAAAAUCAAAGGAUCUGGAGGAGACCAUGGCCACCUUAGAAGCACAGUGCCGGGCAAAGGAGGAGCGCCGGAUCGACCUGGAGCUGCGGCUGGUGGCAGUGAAGGAGCGCUUACAGCAGUCCCUGGCAGGGGGCCCAGCCCUGGGGCUCUCUGUUAGCAGCAAGAGCAAGAGUGGGGAAACUGCCACUAAGCCCCAGGGAAACACAUCAGAGCAACCUCUCCCUGUCAACUGUGUUUCUGAGCUUCGGAAGCGGAGCCCAUCUAUUGUGACCUCCAACCAAGGAAGAGUGCUGCAGAAAGCCAAGGAAUGGGAAAUGAAGAAGACCUAGAAAGGGAAUGAGGACUUGAUCCACAAGAAAUAUCAACUUGUCCAUCCUAGGAGGAAAUGCGUUUUCACAAGGAGACACAAGAAGACUGGAAAUAGCCCUCACAUUCUGGGACACCCAAAAGACCAGCCUUUAUUGUCUGCAUGGUUAUAGGGGAUACAGGGAGGAAAGAAAUAGAAGGGAAGAGGGGAACUGAGAUCAUCCUAAAAACUUUACAAAGGGUAGAAAAUGGGGGUGGAGGGAGAUGAAAUUUCACAGUUGUAAAGGUUUUUUUUUUUUUUUUGUCAAAUGUCUUUGCAUUCCCUUCAGAAGCAAUGAGGACACAUGUGGCCAAUUCAUUCCAUCCCAUUCUCGGCACCCCAUUCCUGGUCUACACGGAAAGCAAGGCAUUGCUCAAGUACCGGCAGAGCAGCAGAGAGAGAUAAGACUUGAUCAUCUGACCACACUGUGCCAGUUAGAUUCAUGGUGAACAUUACUGACAAACUCUGGGGCAAGACAAAAAAAUUUCUGGGCUGAAAAAAAAAAGUCAAUAGAAUCAUCAGAUCCCUGAUUACAUCAAGGUGAACUAAAGUUAUACAGAAUAUGCACAUUCUACAGUCACUCCUCGUGUGUGUUUAGAACUGGGCAGAUACAGCUGCUAGAAUCCCAGAGAUGAGUACUUUCAAACCAGAGAUCUUAUUUUGUAGCAGACAAGGAGGGGUUCUUCAUCUGAGUAUAUUAAGUUCAUAGUAACAGGAACAUAGGUUUUUAAUGUCCACAGGGUGUCACGGGCAUUUCAGGGUGGGUUGUUUACUGUCAGUUAAGCCUUUUUUGUUUGUUUGCUACCAGGGUUAUCACUGAAACUCAGUACUUAUACUAUGCCCGACAGCCAUUUUCUUUCUUUCUUUUUGAUAGAAGAUGAGAGAUAGAAAGAAAUAAGAAGAAGUGGGGAGUCGGGCGGCAGCGCUGCCAGGUUAAGCGCAGGCAGGGCAAAGCGCAAGGACCGGUGUAAGAAUCCUGGUUCGAGACCUGGCUCCCCAACUGUAAGGAAAUCACUUGACAGGCAGUGAAGCAGGUCUGCAGGUGUCUAUCUUUCUCUCCCUUCUCUGUCUUCCCCUCCUCUCUCCAUUUCUAUCCUAUCCAACAACAAUAACAUCAAUAAUAACAACAAUAACUACAGCAAUAAAACAACAAGGGCAACAAAAGGGAACAAAUAAAUAAAAUUAACUUUUUUAAAAAAGAAAGAAAAAAGAAAUACGAAGAAGCAGAGAUAAGGAGUAACAGUUGCUGCACUACUCCACUGCUCAUAAAACUCCCCUCCUGUAGCUGGGGACUAAGGGCUUGAUCCUGGGUCCUUAUGAACAAUAAUAUUGCACUCUGCUGGGGUGAACCUCCAUCCAGCCCCAGCCAAGCCUAUUUGAUAUGAUGCUCAGGAUUCAGAAGCUAUAGUGAGCAGUCUAAGUGACACUCUUUUAUGUCACCAUCAUCUUGUACUUGGAGGCCCACCAGUCUGCCAUUCCACAUCUGCUAGGAAGUAAGCCAUGUGACUCAUUUCUGCCACAUAGGUGUUAGGCAUUUAAAAAAAAAUUGAUAUUUUUAUGAAGCAGCCAAGACUUAAAGUCAUGGACAAUCUCCAUAUUGAGCCACUCACUACUUUCUCAGCAUUUUCUAGCUCUUCAGCACAUUUCCUGCCAGUAAAGAUAAAGCCACUUAACUGUAAGAGUUCAGAGGUCAGCUCAAGGGAAAAAGAAAUGCCAGAAUAGUCUCUGGACACUUUGCUAAUGACUCUACAUACUUCCCUUACAUAAGGUUACAUAUUUUAACCUCACUCAAAGUAUACUACCUUCUGAGGUAGUUGAAGACCAUAGCAGUGAAAAUAGCUAAAAUGAAAGUAGAGCCUAAGGUUUAGAAUUUAGGACCACUGGCUUCGGAUAGGGCUGGCUCUCAGUAGCUUUUCCUGCUUACCAGCUGUGAAAGUCUGAUAGUCAUUUGACCUCACUGUUUUGUUGUUGUUGUUGUUGUUGUUUUUAUUCUGGCCUAUGAAACCAGAGUAACAACCGUAUAUUCCUCCAAGACUGGUGGGGGGAAUUCAAUGACAUAAUGCAUGGGAAGCAAUUUCUAGUUUCUGAGAAACAGGAAAUGCUCAAUCAACAGUUGAUUGUAUUAACUAUUAGAUAAGUGUCUGGCUAAAAACUCUACAUUCUUUCCAUGGAAGAAAUGUCAUCUACAUGGCAAUUAGUCAUCAAAAACCAAUAGACAACCAAUUCAUAACUGACAGUUUUCUGUUGUUAAUUUUUUUUCUUUUUCCUGACAGUUUUCAUCUGGAUUCCACCAAGUGUCUUCAGUGACAAAAGGACUCACACAAUUUGAAAUUUUUUUUUUAAUGGGGACUCGGACUAAAGAGAUAGUAUAAUGAUUAUGCAAAAGACUUUCAUGGUUGAGGCUCCAAGGUCCCAUAUUGUUGAUCUCCAGCACAAACCAGAGCUAUUUUGGAGUUAAAUGCCAUUUCCCAUCCACAAAUCUUGGACUGUGAUCUGUGAUAGGCAGAAGCCUAGGUAACAUUCAUUGGACAUUCUCUGUGCAUCAGGUACUGUGUUAGUCAGGACUGGAUUCAAAGUCAUGCGACCUAUACUAAGUAGAGUCAUGUGCCUGGAUUAAAGCUUUGCUAUUUUCCUCCUAAUUUUUUGAGCAAGGAGAUCUAGCUUUUGUUGUUGGCUUGUUGUUGUUGUUGUUUAUUUGUUUUGUAGAACCAGGGCCUUUCAUAUGCAUGAUUUUACCACUCCCCAGGAUAUCUCUUUAUUUAGAGAGAGAGGAAGAGGAAGGAGUUUCCUCCAGUGUCAUAAGACUCCCAUAAGGUACCAGGGCUUGAACGUGGGCUGUACACAUGCCAAAGCACAUGCCCUACCUGGUGAGCUUCCUCAGUCCUUCCACAUUUUUCCCCUUUUAAUUAUAUAAACAAUCUUGAUGCUAACUAAUCAUUCUUCUAUGUAGUCUUCCCUAAAACUCUAUGAUAUUAGUUCUACUAUUUCAGCUUUCACAGUUCAGGAAAUGGGAGCCCAGAGAGAUUAAGUAACUUGGAAGUUCACAGGAAGUGAAGACAGCAUGCAGAUGCAAGAAUGCUGACCCUAGAGCCCUUCCUCUAAGUUCAUCAUUCCUCUCCCUCCUUUGCACUAUAGCAUAUAGCAUACUAGCACUCCAUAAACACAUGAAUAAAUGAAUGCUAGUAUAAAGCACAUUUGGUGUAAGUUGGACAGCUAUAAGAUGCACAGACCAAAUGGCUAAGAUAUGAGUGCCAGUUCAAAUGCCUUGACUGGUAGUUUUUUCAAAGUGCAGGCUCAUGAGCCUGAGGCUGACAUGAAGCUCCCUAUUUUUAACACUGCCAAAUGUUUGAACUGUCAGCAUUCACGUGUCACUGUAUCAUCAGGGAUCCUGAAGAAGUUCAUCAACCUCCCUGAAUCUCAAUUUCCUUGGAUGUAAAAAGGGGUUAUUAUUUCUCCUUAAACCAUUUUGCUCUUCUUCUAAGGUCAAAAAUAAGCAUA